CACCAUUUCACUUUAGUAGUGCUAGCAUUAACUAACGCUUGUCUAAGUAGCAAUAACAACUAUUUGUUCUUUAUUUGUAUCAGCUUCCUGUAGAUUUGAGAAUAUACAGAUAUGAGGAUUCUGAGCCAAACUACGAUAACAUCAACUUACGUUACCAAUGCGACAACUACGACAGCUUCGAUGAUCCAGAAAGUGACUCUGACAUUUAUGAAAAUCACGUUGUGAUAAGUAGCGACAAUAUUGAAGAUCGCCCGUUGCCAGAACCUCCUCCUCAAGGACCGAACCAGUUUGAGAAGUUUGCCAAAAACAUUCGCAGUCUAAAGAACACUAUUUCGAAGGAUAUCGGCAAGUCGCUGAGACGGAUAUCUAGGCGAGUGUCUCAGAAAAAUACUGAGGAGGAGCUUCAAAAGGGAACAGCCACGUAAACGACUACGGUUCGAUCACAUCUGUCGAGGACCUGGAUGAAACUACAUAUGUGCAUUGAGUACUGUGCACGUAGCCCUAUAAUAUUUUAUACUAAAUCACCACAAUAUGGAUUUAUACCCCACGUUAUAUUGAAUUUUGAUUGAAUAAUCUAUGUAUCGAGCCCAAACACCACCGGUUCGACCACCGAGGGUAGAACAACCCGCUCCCAUCACCAAUGUAAUGCUUAGAGACCAAAAACAUGAAGUAGAAGAACCAACAUACGAAAAUUCUUAUACUAAUCCUGGCUUAUUCAACAUGAUACGAAGAAGUAUAUCCUUAUCUCAGGAAUCUGCAAUCAACGUCACUAGCAAGGUUGGCAGUAAACCUACGCGCAGAAGCACCUUCUACAUAACAGAGCCAUUCGAUGCAGAUGGUGAUCCAAAGACUGAUCAAAGCGAAUGUGGUACUGAUAGAAGCAACAGAGAUUCAGUUUCCUUAUCGCCAACAAGAACAAAGGUCGCAAGGCCCAAGAGCCCACCUCCACCAGUUCCGCCACAUGAUUCUGGUAAAAAAUUAAGUCAACCAGCUUCUCAGGAGCUUUCGACUGCAAAGAACCAAUCAAAUAGAACCAAAUCGCUCUACACAGAAGCCGGUCUUUUCAAACCAAACCCCAUUCGACCAAAGAGUAGUACCUCUUGGUACUCUGAUGCCGGUCUCUACUCUUCCGACUCGUCCUCUGCAUCAGAAAGCAGUGCGAAACGCUUCGCAGUCGUGAUCAACGAAAUGAAAUCAAAAUUGAGCGGAACCAGCGAUAAGAAUCACAACAUAGCUGAGGAUCAGAACCAUAACGAAGACGCUGGUGAAACAAAUUGCGUUGAUGCCAUAAAUGAAAGCGUUUACAAGAACCAGAGCGUGGUGAGUCCAGAUUCCGAAAGGGGAAGUACCUUUUACACCGAAAACGAAAGUGAAUAUUAUGCAGACCUGAGUGUGAGCAGUCAUGAUUCAAAGAAUGAUGAUUCGUCGGUGACGCAGAGUGAUAGCAAAUUUUUGGAGUACGAGCCUUUGUAUCAAUUUUACGAUGCUUCAAUACUAGAGGCCAGCUAUAACGAUGACAUGUCCGAGUUCGACUCUUCUGACAUCUAUGAAGUCGUUACCGUUGGCAUGCAAGAAGACAACGAAUAUACCUCUUUCCCUAAGUCACCCGAUAACAGCAACAUGCUAUGUAAUAAGCAGAGCAUGAUAGCUUUCACAAGAAGUUUGUGGUGUGAAGUUCCGGAAGUAGCGGAUUCAGUAGUUCUGAGUCAGCUGAGCCCUGAACAGAAAAAGCUACAAGAGGCAAAGUUUGAGAUUAUUACCUCAGAAGCAUCGUAUUUAAAUUCAUUAAAUGUCCUCAAUGACCAUUUCAUCUCCAAAUUCAGAAGUUCGAACAUAGUCAACGAAAAGGAGAUGGAGAUACUUUUCGGAAAAGUAAAAAAGUGAGAAAUUGCUCAAAAAAGGUGUUCCACGAUUUAGAAAAGUGUUGGAGGAAGAAUAUUCUUCUGGAUGGAAUCUGUGAUAUAAUACAAAAGCACGCUGAAAGCGAUUUUGACACUUUCAUUCCUUACUGUGAAAACCAGGUGAUAAUAGAGGACACUCUAAACGAAUUAAAGAAAAGACAGGAAUUUAGUGAAUUUCUGGUAGAACUCGAAUCAAGUCCAACGUGCCGAUUUUUAGAUUUAUACUCGUUUUUAAUGUUACCAAUGCAACGAAUAACAAGAUGGCCGUUGCUUGUUGAUGCCAUUCUGAAAAGACUUUCUCAGGCUGAUCCAGAAUACAUCAGUUGUCAAUACGCCUUAGCAAGUGUAAAUAAGGUUGUAAGUCAGUGCAACGAAGCUGCCAGGCAAAAAGACAAUGAAGUGAAAAUACAAAAAAUCGCCAACACCCUUGACUUUUCGAAGUCCGCUCCUCCUGUAAACAUAGUGAAAGAAAAUCGAUGGCUGGUGCUAUCGGGUCGUAUGACCUGCUUCCAACCAAAAAGCGAGGACACCAGGAUGACUUUCGGAAAGAGAUUCACCAAGUUCAAUUUGUAUUUGUAUCUGUUCAAUGACCUCCUGGUAGUCACUAAGGAGAAAAAUGACCAAAGAUUUGCAGUGAUUCAUUACUGCCCAAGGAAUUUCGUCGAAUUGGAACUGGAUGUGAAUAAAUUUCCCAUGAUUAUAAAGAAAGAGGUGCAGGACAAAAAUGUCCUAUAUCUAUCAAUAUUGGAGAACCAGGAGAGUAAAAUGGUUGAUUUGCUACUGUCAUGUGCGAUGGAAAGCGAUAAGGAGCGAUGGAUACAAGCCUUCAGUCCACCGAAAUCUGAGAACCCUGAAGAGACAGUCUACGAAUGCUGGGACUGUCCGCAAGUGACCGCCAUACAUAACUACGUACCCAGGCAGCCUGAUGAGCUAGCACUUUCGCGGGGUGACGUAAUCAACGUACUAAGGAAAAUGAGUGACGGUUGGUACAAUGGUGAGCGAAUAAGAGAUGGCCAAAUCGGUUGGUUUCCUUCAAACUACACUGUAGAAAUAGCGAAUCCACAUGUUAGAGCGAGAAAUUUGAAGCAACGGUAUAGGUUGUUGACGUUCUCAGAGCAUUACCUGAAGUCGUAGCUAACUUGAAGAACAACUGAGAACACUUUGUAUAUUUCGAUAUCCACAUAUCAUGUGUCAAUUUUUUUACAUUCCUAUAAAUAUUGUAUACUGGUUGUUACCUAUAAAUUAUUGCUAAAAUAUACUUAAGCAGUAAAGUAAUUUGUUUCUUGAAUAAAAAAUGCAUUC